AUGUUUAACCCAGCUCUCCAAACCCGAAGACAAGACACCUUAGGAAACAAUUCUCAAAGAGCAGCCAGUAAUCCAUACUCCAGUCGUGAGUACAUUCAAGGUCAUAUUAACUCUCAACCAGGUAAAAAUUUAACGAACAGUGAUUCGACGAAAAACCUACACCAGAACGUGUCCCAGAUUAGCCUUGAACUCCAACCAACUUCAUACACCCCACACAAAGAUCAAACCCAGCAGGGGCGUCACCAACAUUCACAAACACAUCCCAAGCUGCAAAGCACCGCACAACAACACAACGUAGAUUUCCGUCUAGAGGAGCGCGCUCUUAGCCCGACUCCUAGCUCGUACAACUUCAACAACAACAACGCCGUUCCCAAACGGUCCAGUUUCCCCAAAAACUUAGACGAUCUGGAUAUAUCCAUUAAAAACAACAUCGAAAAAAUCCGAAACGUUUAUGAAAAAUCGGAUCAAAACGCGGAGAAAAAAAGAAACAGUUCAAAAACUAAAAACAAAAUAAAGAAUGACUCCACGAAGCGUAACUCUCCUGGAAAAGAUAAUGGAUUAAAGAGUACGAGUUAUCCUCCAUUUUCUAUAAAAUAUAAUAAUAAUAAUAACAACAAUGGCCUGGGUGAAAGCAGCCAGUAUUUAUACCAGCAACGUUCAGAGUUCGAUUCCUAUUUGGAGAUGGAUAAUCCGCAGGGAUCAUCCACGAAGAUGAGAGAGGACUUUGACGAGAAACACAGAAAAAGGAAAAGGCAUCAUUUAAUUUUUCUGCUGAUUGUCAUGUUUAUUGUGGCUGUGGCUGUCCUUACCACAGUACUGGCCGCGACUCUCGGUACAACACAGGGUAAACUGCCACCUCCAGUACUUCAAAAUUACUCCGUUGUCAUGGCAAACAUGACGCUAAAAAUUUUGAAUCGAGAUUUCCACGUUGAUUUACUGCAAGCCGGAUCCGAUGCCUUCAAAAACCUGGCCACGUCCUACUCCAUUGAGCUGGACGAACUGUUUCAACGGUCAAGCUUGUCUUCCGUAUACAGCCGCAAUAGAGUGCUCUACUUCAGGAACGGAAGUAUCUACGCUACGUCAUCGAUAACUUUCCUGGACGAGGGGCUGAUCAAGUCACCCCAGGAUGUGGAGAACGUCAUCACGUCUGCUGAGGUCGCCCCUGAUUGGAAGCUAGAUGGCGCUAUCCAGCUGGGCCAGUAUGUCGUCUGCCGGUCAUGCGCGGAGACCAAGUUGGAGUUUUUAACCAUUCACGAGAAACCGGAAGUUAAAGCUGAUAAUUUGGAACCUACUUCCAGCACUUUGAUAGGAACCAACCACACCGACAUAGGAACAACUGUGACGUCGACGCCCCUGGUGUCAGGCACCCCCACCACCACCAGCCACGACCUGACCCUGGCGUCGAGUCGUGUGCCUGACUCCCGUGACUCCACCCCCGCCCCAGACACCAGCAGACCACAGUCGCUGACCACAGCAUCACCAAGUACGACAAAGUCUGGUAGCGAUACAAGGGCGACAACCUUGAAAUGGGACACAACUCAGCCGUUCACAACACUCUCCGUGUCCAACAUCACAGCCAACAUCAGCAGCGUGGCCGUCACCAUCUCCUGUGACGUCUACAACCCCACAUCUUGGACUGACGUCAUCUUGUGGCAUACGUCACUGGCCGACGAGACGACAAGUGCGACAACUCGUCAGAAACUCCUGAGACUUGACCCCAGCGGUCUGACUACAGUUAGUGGGUCGUACAUUGACCGGUCCAGGGCCUAUUAUGACGUCAGCGAUGCUAGGAUUACCAUAAAGCUGACCCUGUCCAAGCUCAGUUGCCAUGACGACGGCUACGUGGAGUGUACGGUGACAGAGGCGUCGGGUGCCAGGAUUUCCAGGAUAGGUAGACUCGAGAUCACAGUACCACCAUCUCCCCCAAGACUGACCAUCCCACUAAACGUCAUCGCCAACACGAACCUACCAGCACCUAUCACUUGUGAAGCCGACACGGGCUACCCACCAUGGGAGCUAACUCUCUCAGUUAAGCUCCCAAACAGCUCCUUGUCCCAUAGCCUGCCUACAGAUGUCGAAACUAGGCCAAACGGAUGUACCCUGACCAUGAUUCACAAGGUAAACAACUACCAACCGUCCAUGGCCGUCCACGGUGCAGAGCUUACCUGUGAGCUAAAGAUGACAGACCAACAUAGUUUGAUAGAUCAACAAGUCAUGCAGGUCAUCCAAGCCAACAUAUGUGACGGUGCCAGCAACGCCAGCCUCCUACCACACCCCUACAACUGCUCCCUCCUUGUCCAGUGUCUGGACGACAGACCAGCCGUUGUCUCGUGUCCUAGCAACCAGACCAACAACAACGUGUACGAGCGGUGUGGUCUAGCCGCUCCUGAUGUCAUCUUCGAAACCACAACCGGCGUCAUCAACAAAGACCUCACUCGUCUUCAUUGUUCGGUCAGUACCUCUGUCAUCUGGUCCAACAUCACCAUCGCCAAGAUGACGUCAUCCACCGCCUCACGUGACGUCAUAACCGUGUCGGCCCAAAAACACCCGACAUGGCUGGACCUAAACAUGGGCGGGCGCGCCCUGGCUUACUUCCGCUCCCUGACGUCGCAGAAUGUUCUGGAAAUUUGGAUUUACGAGCUGAAGUGCUCCGACGCUGGGAGGUACACGUGUAGGGUUCAAACCCCGAGUGGGAGCAUACAGAGAGCUGCAGAGCUUAAGGUGUAUGAACGGACCAAGACCCCAGUUAUCAGUCUCAAAGGGAACAUCGUGGGAGGAGACUCACUAUCAGGGAACACGGUUGGGGGUGAGACUUUAUCAGGGAACAUGCUGGGAGGGGACACUAUGGCGGGGAACGCGAACCCCACCACCAUCAGGUGUGAGGCGCAGGUAGGGUUCCCCGAGGGGACGUUAAUCCUGCAGCAGAAACCACGGGGUCAGACACAGUUCCAGACGGUGCCGUUCUCCAACGUGUCCACUGUCCAGGUGAGCUCGUGCAUGAGCAGCCAGGUGGGGGAGUACCUGGUGCCACCUCGCCUGAACGGGAGCGUCUUCCGGUGCCAGGUGUUAACGGCGGUGCCUGAUUUGGGGAUGAGAGAGGAUUUGGUGAGUCGAAGUUAG